AUGAGCCACCCGCCGCACCCUGGGGCUUUCGACAAUCAGGGCAACGGCACACUAAACGCCAAGACCGGGGAUGGGAACCAAAACAAUAACAACUCGAGCGGAAAUCAACAUAACUACAACUUUUAUGGCCAUGAUCCCAGUUCAAUCCUCAAGGAUGCACGAGUACAAGGCCGGGCAAAUAUCAACGAUGAGAUCAUCCGUUCGCUGGCAUUCCCCCAGAUGUUGAAUCGGCGAGAGAGCAUCGAACCUCGUUACCAAAACACCUGCCAAUGGAUUCUGGAGCUCGAAGGAUAUAAAUCCUGGAGGCAGCAGGACUGCGGUCUGCUAUGGAUCAAAGGGAAGCCGGGCGCAGGGAAAUCAACCCUGAUGGCCUUCCUGCAUGGGAAGCUUCGCAAAUCAUCAGAUGGAAGGGAUUCCCUGCUGCUGGAGUUCUUCUUUUCGGCGCGGGGCACAGAGCUACAGCGCACACCGUUAGGUAUGGUUCGGUCGUUAUUGGUCCAGAUCCUCAAAUAUUAUCCGAAUGCUUGCUCUGAACUUCGUGAGGCCUACCUGGAAAGAUGCAAGGACUUUGGUGGAGGCAACUGGGAGUGGACGCAAGUGCAGCUGCAAGAGUUGUUUAGAAAGGCCGUUCUCAACUUGGCUACCCAGCAGAAGGUGACGAUCUUCGUCGACGCCCUGGAUGAGGCUGGUGAGACAGACGCUGGGAAGUUGGCAGACUUUUUCCACCAGCUCAACAAUACUGCGGUAAACAGUACAGCUAUGGUCCGGAUAUGCAUCUCCUGUCGCCACUAUCCAGUUGUGGUCCCUGUGCCUACUUCUGUUGUAGUGGAGAUCGUGGCGGAGGAGCAUAAUCACGACGAUAUCGCGACAUACAUAAUGGACCAUCUACCCGACGACCUCUUCGCUACGUACGAAUCGCAACUGGAAGCGUGGAAAGCGUUGAGGAAAACGCUGAUUGAACAAGCAAAGGGGGUCUUUCAGUGGGCCCAUACUGUGAUCCCGCUGAUCCGCCGUAUGAUAAGAAAGGGGAAGUCUCCUGAGGAUAUCCAUGAUUGGCUGCGUGAUGUACCUGCCGACUUGAAGAACGCGUAUACAUACAUACUGGAGGAUGUGAUCGAUCCUGAUGAUAGAGUGCAGUCAUUUCAGUUUCUGCAGUGGGUGGUGUUGGCUGAGCGACCACUCACAGUGGCAGAAAUGCGGUACGCGUUGGCGGCAAGUGAUGUCGCAGCCACUGAAACAAGCAUCCCGCGGCAGAAUGUCAACCGGCCUAUCCCUACUGAUGAAAACAUGCGGCGCUUGACCAAAGCACUUUCCGGCGGACUCGUGGAGGUUGCUCAUGGCAAAUAUGGCGGCGAAUUUGUACAAUUUGUCCACCAGACAGUGCACGAAUUCAUACGGACCACAGGGCUAGCUUUGUUUUCAAAAUUGACUGGCAGUGCAGCAACUCCAGUCGAGAAUGGAAUGAUCAUAUGCCAAUGCCAGGCAAUGCUGUACCGAUCGUGUCUAUUCUACCUCACAAGAGUGGAAAUAGCACGCGAAGUGGAUGAAAAAAUAGACGAAUGGAAGAAAAGGCUCAUCGAAAGCGCGCCUUUUUUGAGUUAUGCGACACUGAAUCUCUUGGUUCACGCAGAAAAGGCGGCUGAGAGUCGCUCUUUUGGACUAGAGAAAGAAACGCGAGUCCUACAGAAAGUGAAUGAGAAAUGGGUCAGCAUUUAUAGAGAUUUGGAUCUGUUCGGGGCAGCUUGCCCGCCAGCGGGGACUACCGUGCUGCAUACGGCGACGCGUGCCAACAUGACUGAUAUAGUGGCCAUUCUCGCUUGCGACAAUGAGAAGCUUAACGCAGUGAAUGAUUAUGGGGAUACUGCUUUCCACUCAGCGGCGCAAUGGGGCCAUGUCGACCUAGGCAAAUUUCUGCUGGAGAAAGGAGCAGCACUGGAAACGACUAGCCAUAAUGGUGAAACGGCACUGAUAAAGGCUGCAGGCCGCGGCAAUGUCGAUUUCGUGAUCUGGCUGCUGAGUGAAGGGGCUACUAGUACUAAUGUGGGGAUGGGCCCAUCGGGGACUGCGCUGUAUGCGGCUUCACUGCAGGGGAAGAGAAGCGUGGUGCGAACAUUGCUGGAUGCCCAGGCCGACGUCAAUGCCCAGGGUGGUAACUUCGGGAAUGCCCUGCAGGCCGCUUCAUUAUCCGGCAACACGGAGAUAGUGCAGAUACUGUUAGACGCCCAGGCUGAUGUCAAUGCCCAGGGUGGUCAAUAUGGCAAUGCCCUGCAGGCCGCUUCAUAUUCCGGCAACACGGAGAUAGUACAGAUACUGCUAGACGCCCAGGCUGACGUCAAUACCCAGGGUGGUCACUUCGAAAAUGCCCUGCAGGCCUCUUCAUAUUCCGGCAACACGGAGAUAGUGCAGAUACUGUUAGACGCCCAGGCUGAUGUCAAUGCCCAGGGUGGUCAAUAUGGCAAUGCCCUGCAGGCCGCUUCAGGGUCCGGGAGCACGGAGAUGGUGCAGAUACUGCUAGAUGCCCAGGCCGACGUCAAUGCCCAGGGUGGCUUUUACGGCAAUGCCCUGCAGGCCGCUUCAUAUUUCGGCAACACGGAGAUAGUGCAGAUACUGCUAGACGCCCAGGCUGACGUUAAUGCCCAGGGUGGUUAUUAUGGCAAUGCCCUGCAGGCCGCUUCAUUUUCCGGCAACACGGAGAUAGUGCAAAUCCUGCUGAAUGCCCAGGCCGACGUCAAUGCCCAGGGUGGUAAACACGGCACCGCUUUACUUGCUGCCGUUGACGCAGCUUCCUCUAUUCAAAUAUCCAUUCUUCUCCAAGCCGGUGCAAAUCCCGACUUUCUCGACCAACUUCAUCGCUCUCCUUCCCACAUCGCUGCUGCAAAGGGCCUAUUACCUAUACUCCAGGAAUUCCCCUGCUUUUCCUCUACGAUCGAUGCCCAAGAUAUACUAUUGAGAACCCCGCUCCAGUUAGCUAUCAUCCAUGGCCAUGUCCAUUGCGCUCUCGCUCUGCUUGAUUUUAAAGCCAGCCCUCUCAUCCGGGAUGGGUACGGCAGGAACGCGUUGGACUGGGCAACAGACUGUCCUCCGUUAAUUGCCCGACUACACCAGCUCUUUCCGGAAAUUACACAAAUCGAUCAAGAGGAGCAAAGUACGAUGGUCCGACAUUCCAUUCAUCAACUAUCAAACACACUGCUACACUCCACGUUGGAUCCCACGAGACCUCUUUGGGCCCUUGUACAGCAGCUUGGUCACUACCUACUCUUUUCAGAUGAUGUUGAAACUGCUUCCCCUAUAUUUCAAUCGAGCUUGGGACUUGUUGGUCACAUUUAUGAUUUGGAAUAUCGCGACCUCUUGUGCGAUAUAUGCGAAGACUUGAUUCGUGGAACGCGCGUGGUUUGUCAAGUUUGUGUAGAUUCCAAUUUCUGCCUCUCUUGUAAUCGCAAGUAUCCCGCCCACCGCCGAUUUAAUUCUGCCGCAGCUCAUGACACUCUUGAAGUGCCAUGGGAGGAGCCAUCUAGCUUCCAAGAGACCAUGGAUCGUUUUAGGCCCCUUUUGAAUGACCUCGUUCAUCGAUUCGGUGGCCCAUUCGAGCCUGACGCCAACACUGUGACAGAGGCAGUUCCCCCGCCGAUCGCCCGGCCCGACCUUCCUACGACUCAUCACUCUCGCUCCCUGCUGAUAUAUUGGUCGAUUGGUAUCUUGGGUGCUUUUUUGUGUACAUUUUUCUUGUAUAAGCUUGAAUAA